ACUACAGAUUGAUGUCGAUCUUUGACCAAACAAUAUUUCGGUACUUGACAGAGCACAUUGCAACAAAAACAAAAGCAACAACCACAACCACAACGACAAGCACAUGUGUUACUUUGUAACUACGUAAAGCAACGAAGAAUAGAACAACAAUAACUCGUUCCACCACACACCGAUCAACGGUAGCAUGGCAAAAAAUCCCUCCGCCGCCGUCGCCAUCGCCAUUCCCAGAAAUAAUCCCAACCUUCGAUCCCUGUUCGUUUUUAUCGCUUCUACAGUGUUCUUCGCUCAAUGCCAAUCUUGCUUGGCUUUUCAACUCUGGGAACACCGCCAUUCCACUGCUCCUUUGUCCUCCCAAAACUCUCGGAAACACAGAAUAUCAAUAAAGCCUGAAGCUACAAUGACGACAAUCUUGGCUGCGGCAGAAAAUAGCGACUCCUCAUCGGAACAAACUUCAUCUGUAGAAAUUGACUGCCUCAACGAUGGUUCUGCUUCUUCUUCAUCUUCUGCUACCACUGCUACUUUCAAAUCACUACAAAAACUCGUCGACUCGAUAUCCAAUGCGAGAGAUGCAAUGUCCGGCGACGGAAACGACUCAUUCACGUGCCGCCUCAUACCCUCCGUUACCGGCAACCUAGGACAAAAGCACUCGAGGGAAGAAAUAGCCUCCAUAUACUACACCAAAGGUGAAAACAAUGCAACGAUUGUAGAAAUCAAUACACUGAUCUUUCGUCCGGCGGCGAUUUCCAGCGAUGCCAACAGCGUAUAUGCGGUUGCCAUCGUUCCUUCCUCGAAACGGGUCGACGUUCGAGCCUUUUCGGAAGAACUCGGUCAGUUGCGUCAUAAGCACGAACAACAGCAAGACGGGACCAACGGCUGCAGCAACGAUUCGGCGUUCUACCAAAGCUGGGAAUUGGCCCCGUCGCACCUGGUUCUGGAUCUUUGUGGAUAUUCACCCGGCGGAAUUCCCCCCCUACUGGUUCCUCCGAGAAAUAGUGGAGUCGAUGGUGGCAACAUCGAAUCCUAUGACCAGCGAAAACCGUGGGCCGUAGUCCUCGACAGCUCCCUUUUGCCUCCACGCAACUAUAGCAGCAGUGCAACGCAAACCAACCAGCACAACCAAUUGCUCCUUCUGGGCGGUGGAGGAAAUACAGAUUACCGAUGCCUCAUCGAUGCAAAAUGCUUGGUCGAAACCGUGCUUGAAGCGAACACCUCGGACAGAAACGUGAAAAUCGCCAGCAUCGUAAGAUUCGAUGGUGGUAUGACCACCGACGUGACAUCGACGAGACCAACCAAACAUCCAUCCGCUGGGCCCACCCUGCGAGCCGCAGCCAUUUCAAGCGCACCAAAACCCUUCUUUCAAAUCGCUCCUCCUUCAUCCUCCAUGGACUAUUACGCAGCGAAGGCAGAAUUAGAACUGCAGGAUCGACCACACCGACCUGUCCCCGUUACUGCCAUCGGACGUCUGACGUCCGUUCGACAAAUUGCGAAGCGAUUGGUAUUCGCCGAUUUUGCUCCACCGGACCACGUUUAUGCCACGUGGCUAGCCAACAAGAACGCCUCCAGCAGCAACAGCAAUAGUAAAUUGGGGCAACCAAACAAUUACGAUAAGGGCAAGGGUGGUGUGUCGGAUCCUCCGUGGCGAUCGGGAGAAGACGGAAAGGACAUGUAUGUUCAGAUCAUUGUCGGGAAGACAUUUUGCGAGCGCUAUGACGAUGGGACCGAUCGUUUAAAGAAACUAAAGCCCGGAGCAUUGGUUCUCGUAAAAGGUGCUGCAAACGUAGGUAAGGAAAAUCGUGAUCGGGUUCGAAAACAUACGACACCACAUCAAUGUUUUUUCUCCAAAUUCCGUGAAUGUAGAAUUUCGCCGAAUCUUUUGACUGCUCUGUCCCCUUUUAUUUCACUUUCACUCAUUUUCUUCCUCGAAACAAAUCGUGCACCGCACCCAAACUUCACACAGAUCCUAUGCAAAAGAACGGGUGGCGAAACUCGGCUGGGAACUGGGCUCAGAAACGGAGCCUGGACGUGAUAGUUUCGUCCUUCGAGAUUUUGAACGAUGACGACGAUGACGAGAAUCUUCGUAUGUUGGUAGAAGAAGCACAGGAGGAAGCGGUCGCUGGUGGGGAUUGGAGUAGCUUGUUGCCAUGGGAGCGGAAACGUGGCUACGAACGCAGAGCGGUAGCCGGGAACAAAGGCAUUGCUAACGGCAACAAUGCAGAAUCGAGCGACAACAAUAAUUCGUCGACAAUGUCGUCUUCUAUUCACAACGGUGCUGCAAAUGAACUGACAUUCGAUCGAUUCAACUCCCAAUUGCGAGACUCACCGUUACAGAUCGAAAUUGUGGACACGGACGAAUCUAUCAGGGCGAUGUCGAAAGAAAUAUCCGAAAUGUUUUCUCGGAUCGAGGAGGACGGUACGCAAAAAAGCGACUUUUUGGAUUACGUUGCUGGCAUCGACUGCGAGUGGAGGCCUACUGGGGCCUAUGCCGAAGCACUACUGGAAGGACCAGACGAUAACCCCGUGGCGUUGCUGCAGAUAUGCGUUCCUUCAAUCAAAAGGGUAUAUCUCGUUGACACCCACCGGACACUGAGGGCCAAUCUUGCGGUUACGGAACAGAUGAAUGACAGCGAAGAGAUUCUGGCUAAGACUAUCGGCUCUAUUUUUGGCUCGGACGAGAUGAUCAAGGUUGGCUACAGUGUUGCCAUUGACUUUCGGCGAUUGGCUGCGAGCUUUCCACACAUUUCCGCGUUUCGUGAUGUCCGGUCGGUAGUAGAGCUUUCGACUCUGGCCGAGCGUUUACAUCCGAAAUCGGCACGUCCAUCGCUGGGUUCUUUGCAACGCUUGACAAAACUUGUGCUUGGGUAUAGCGUAGCGAAGGAACAACAAUGUUCGAACUGGGAAGCCCGACCCUUGACCUCUAAUCAGGUUGAGUACGCAGCCUUGGAUUGCGCUUUGCCGCCGAGAUUGUUGGACCAGAUGACCGAGGGAUCUGGAACGGCGAGAAUGAAACAAGUUCUUCCGCAGGUAACCAGCUCUUGGAGGUUCCAAACUAUCGACAGCGACCAAAAGGUUGCAAUUCAGCUCCUGAAGGCAAAACGUGUGGUUGGCAAUACCUUUGUAGUUUCGCAAAACUGGCUUCAACACAAAGAUGCUCCAGACAGAGUAUCCGUACCAAAAGAGGGCGGUGGACCAUUUGUUGACAAGAAUGGCAUUAUGAAGAUGCCUGCCAAUAUGCUGAACGUUGCAAGUGGAGGCGCUAACGCUCCAUGGAAGAAAAUGGUAGGGAGCACCGUGGGUAAAUCGAAGGCCAAAUGCAUUGAUCUCCUUGUUGGCGAUACCUUGCCCAAAGGUGCAAAUCUCGAAUACAAUCCACGAUCUGGAUAUGUUGCGUUCAAAAACUGUCUUGCUUUGUUUGUCAAUAUGCCAGAUCCCAAUAGACCAUCUCGGAGAAUGCCAUACCCCAACGAAUGGCUCGAAGAUGGGCGGAUAUUGACGUGGUACAUCCGACCAAAAGAUUGGGACGGCGGUACGUCAAAAACAGGAAAGCUUUUACUAGGAAAUGGUGAUCCUGAUUUCGAAGGGAAUCGGCCCCGUGUUGUGCUGUUUACUCGCAUCGGGAACGGAGAAUUUGUUUGCUGUGGUAGCUGCAAAGCAUCGGCAGCGGAUAGUGGAAGUGCUGGAGCACCGAAGACGAAACUCGUGAAGCUCAAUCUUCAUUUAGAAGACUGGAAUGCGUUGAAAAAUCUCGCCGUCUUUUCGCAACUCCUAGAGACCAACAAAUCACGUAUUAAUGCUCCUGAUAACCAAGAAAAAGUUUUCUAUCCCGUCUCCUUUCGAAAUCACCUAGCAAGAAAGAUUUUAGACGGAGACGUAAUCGGAGCAUUUGGCACAGCACUCAAUGAGGCAAAAGUCAGCACAAAUGAGAGGUCCAUUGCAACUGGUGUAAAAUGUGUCAAGAAUUACCUUUCGAACUCUGAUGACCCGGUUGUCCUUCAAGCGAUCGAAAUCAUCGAAGGCAUGGUAUGAAAGCAGUGGUGAGUACUGCCUUCAAAUGAGUCGGCCUCAAUGAAAAGUUGAGAAGUGCUAUUUGUGACCCAAUGCAUAUUGCGGAUGGAAACGAAGAGCAUCUGCAUUCGAAAUAAAACAAAAACAUUACAAACAAAUCAGUGCCCGGUAAAUCUCUUUGCUACGUCAAUCGAUUCCUUUAUCAGCCCGAGAAUGAAAGUCACACAGAAGCUGCGAAAUUUGGAGAUUGGCCAGGUUCAAAGAAAGUUUCUUUUCUUCACGACUCUACCAUUACAUCGAGCCCUUGAAUGAAUUAAUAGAAAUAAUUUCAUCUU